CUCGAAAUUCUGUAAGUAUCUUCACCUGUUCGAGACUUCUUGAUGGCAUCCUAGGCGUAUCCGGGCCCGUUGGGGUGGGAUUUGAGCUGUCGGAAUGAGAUUGCUGUCUGGAUGUCAAAGUUGUGGCAUGGAUGCAUUCUGAACUUGAUUCUGAUUCUCUCUCACUUUGUAGUCCAUAAUGUCAAAACUUCCCCCAAUCCUUGCUCCUAGCGAUGAGGAUAUUCAGCUGCUCUUGUCAGCUCAGUCGCACAUUGGCACCAAAAACUGCGACAGGAGCAUGAUCCCAUAUGUCUGGAAGCGUCGUGCUGAUGGAAUCCAUCUUAUAAAUAUUGGAAAGACAUGGGAGAAGCUGAUUUUGGCUGCCCGUAUAAUCGCUCCCAUGGCACCUGAAGAUGUUGUUGUUCUCAGCGUGCGGCCAUAUGGGCAUCGCGCCGUCCUCAAGUUUGCAUCUCACACUGGUGCUCAAGCUGUUACUGGCCGCUUUACUCCUGGCUCCUUCACCAACACCGCUACACGCUCAUUCAGAGAGCCUCGCAUCAUUAUUGUUACCGAUCCCCGUGUCGAUCAACAAGCCAUUCGUGAGGGUUCAUAUGUUAACGUCCCUGUCAUUGCUUUCUGCGAUACAGACGCACCUCUGAAAUAUGUUGAUGUUGCCAUCCCGAUUAACAACAAAGGGCGGCACUCGAUUGGUCUCAUGUGGUGGUUCCUUGCCCGUGAGGUCCUCCGACUUCGUGGGACUGUCUCACGUUCGCAACCAUGGGAUGUGAUGCCUGAUAUGUUUUUCUAUCGUGACCCUGACGAGGCUGAUAAGGAGCAGCAGGAUGCUGCUGCCGCGAAGGCUACAGCAGCGCUCAUUCCCGAAGAACCUGCAGCUGGUGGUGGUGGAUUAGAUUGGGAUCCCUCCGUACCAACCCAACCCGGCUUUACUUCUGAGGCUCCGGGUCUCGAUUGGGCCGAUGCUACCGCUCCCACAACUGACUGGGCGGCGGACGCCACCGGUGGUUGGGGCGACUCUACUCAGGCACAGGCUCCCCCUGCCUGGUAAUCAAGCCCAUACUAAAAUCCCCAUUUCUCCAUGCACUGGUGUAAUACGUUGGUUGACAACAUUCGCCCGAUGCCUGCAGCCUCAUUUAUAUUUGUAUGAGACUAUGACACAUGCUUUCUUUAUGGGAAUGAAAAUUUCCUCCGACUCUGAAACUAGCAGGGUAUAAUAGUUAUCCAUAAAAUUACUCAUAAGUCCGCGAUACUCUUC